AUGUGCCUCGUUAGGGAUGGCGGCAGGUGGGACGACUGGCCUGACUAUCUGAGCGUGCUGUCUGGUGCGCGUGAGGUGACUCUGCCGAUCCGUAUCACCGAUGCCGACGUGGAGCUGCUGCGCGACUCAAUGCCCCACCUUGUCCGGCGGCUUAAGAUGAGUGACCGAGACAAUCGCGACAGCGCUCAGCACUAGUGGCUGCAGCCGCGCUUUGGCCCCAACGUCCGGCGCAUCAUCAUCCCUCAGGAUGAACAGCGGCAGGCGACGAGGCCACGCAACGGCAUCGGACGGCCGCCGCGAUUCGUGACGGAGGGAACAUUGUUCUUUGUCUACAACAACAAGUACGGCCGCGACAUUCUGCUUCGCGAUUUUACCUGCCGUCAGUCGAUCCGCGUGGGACUCCGAUUCUCAUUCCGCAGCCCCCCUUCGCCCCCGCUCAACGGUGUCUAUCUGAGUGUAAUGCGGUUCCUCGCCAACCAGGCGCGACCCCUCACACCCACUUACGCUGCGCAGCUUGAAAGGCCACCAGCUUUGACCCAAUACGGCGCCGCGGCGAGUGAGUCGAUGCCGUUCGUCUUCGUGCUGCGUGAGGGCUUCGAUGGUCCUCCCUGCGUCGUGUCCCUUCGCAAGGAGUUCCGAAUAUCCCCGCCCACUGGCGCCUCCAGCGCCCUCGAUAUGGUCAUGACGAGCCUGAUCAGCCCCCAGCAGUGGCAAGGCAGCCGUGUCGAUACCCCCCGCGAGGUCGACAGAGACCACCUCCCCUUCGUCACACCGACCACGAUGGUGGCCCAUGCCGGGGCCGUGCCUGACGGUGUGGAGCGCAUCGCCUCGCCAGAUGGGGCCGGGGCGAGUGUGGCGGCCGUCUUGUCGUUCAUCGGCGAGCAGCUCAACACCAACGGCCGUCGGCUGGUGCAUCGGGGCGUGACGGACCUGCUGACAUUCGUCGAUCAGCUGGGAGGGGGUUUUCCGGAGGACAACGUGACGGUGGAGAAGUGCUUUCUGCUGUACAGGCCGGAGGCGAUCCAAUGA